GCUCUCCCGGCGCUACGAGAUCCUUCGAGAUCUUCUCCGCCCCCGCUACCGGCGCCUCUUCUGCGGCCGCUGAGCCGGAGCCGGCCUGAGCGGCGCCCUGCUCUGCGGUUCUCUUCCCAAGGACCUAGGCGCUUGCGUGGACACUCGUCCCCCAGUAGCCUCGGUCCCUCAGCCCGCGCGGCCUGCUCCUCGCGCGCCAGCCCCGCCAGGGUCCGUGUCCUGUCUCCGUGACCGGACCCGGGCCCGAGCCCGAGCAGUAGCCGGCGCCAUGUCGGUGGUGGGCAUAGAUUUGGGCUUCCAGAGCUGCUACGUCGCUGUGGCGCGUGCCGGCGGCAUCGAGACGAUCGCUAACGAGUAUAGCGACCGCUGUACGCCGGCUUGCAUUUCUUUUGGUCCUAAGAAUCGUUCAAUUGGAGCAGCAGCUAAAAGCCAGGUAAUUUCUAAUGCAAAGAACACAGUCCAAGGAUUUAAAAGAUUUCAUGGACGAGCAUUCUCUGACCCAUUUGUGGAGGCAGAAAAAUCUAGCCUUGCGUAUGAUAUCGUACAGUUGCCUACCGGAUUAACAGGUAUAAAGGUGACAUAUAUGGAAGAAGAGCGGAAUUUUACCACUGAGCAAGUGACUGCCAUGCUUUUGUCCAAAUUAAGAGAGACAGCAGAAAGUGUUCUUAAGAAGCCUGUUGUUGACUGUGUGGUUUCGGUUCCUUGUUUCUAUACUGAUGCAGAGAGACGAUCCGUGAUGGACGCAACACAGAUUGCUGGUCUCAACUGCCUGCGGUUAAUGAAUGAAACUACUGCAGUUGCUCUUGCCUAUGGAAUAUAUAAACAAGAUCUUCCUGCCUUAGAAGAGAAACCAAGAAAUGUAGUUUUUGUAGACAUGGGGCAUUCUGCUUAUCAAGUUUCUGUAUGUGCAUUUAAUAGAGGAAAACUGAAAGUUUUGGCUACAGCAUUUGACACAACACUGGGAGGCAGGAAGUUUGAUGAGGUUUUAGUAAAUCACUUCUGUGAAGAAUUUGGGAAGAAAUACAAGCUAGACAUAAAGUCUAAAAUCCGUGCACUAUUACGGCUAUCUCAAGAGUGUGAGAAACUCAAGAAGUUGAUGAGCGCAAAUGCCUCCGACCUCCCUUUGAGCAUUGAAUGUUUUAUGAAUGAUGUUGAUGUCUCUGGAACUAUGAAUAGAGGCAAAUUUCUGGAGAUGUGUGACGACCUCUUAGCUAGAGUGGAGCCGCCACUUCAAAGCGUUUUGGAGCAAGCCAAGUUAAAGAAAGAAGAUAUUUAUGCCGUGGAGAUAGUUGGUGGUGCCACACGAAUCCCUGCAGUAAAAGAGAAGAUUAGCAAGUAUUUUGGCAAAGAGCUUAGUACGACAUUAAACGCUGAUGAAGCUGUCACUCGAGGCUGUGCACUGCAGUGUGCGAUCUUAUCACCUGCCUUCAAAGUGAGAGAGUUCUCCAUUACUGAUGUGGUGCCAUACCCAAUAUCUCUGAGGUGGAAUUCUCCAGCGGAAGAAGGGUCAAGUGACUGUGAAGUAUUUUCAAAAAAUCAUGCUGCUCCUUUCUCUAAAGUCCUCACGUUUUAUAGAAAGGAACCUUUUACUCUUGAGGCCUAUUACAGCUCUCCUCAGGAUUUGCCUUACCCAGACUCUGCAAUUGCUCAGUUUUCAGUUCAGAAAGUCACUCCCCAGUCUGAUGGCUCCAGUUCAAAAGUGAAAGUCAAGGUUCGAGUGAACGUGCAUGGCAUUUUUAGUGUGUCCAGUGCGUCCCUAGUGGAAGUGCACAAGUCUGAGGAAAAUGAGGAACCAAUGGAGACUGAUCAGAAUGCAAAGGAGGAAGAGAAGAUGCAAGUGGACCAGGAAGAGCCACAAGUUGAAGAGCAACAGCAGCAGACACCAGCAGAAAAUAAGGCAGAGUCUGAAGAAAUGGAGACUUCUCAAGCUGGAUCAAAAGAUAAAAAGAUGGACCAACCGCCUCAAGCCAAGAAGGCAAAAGUGAAGACCAGUACUGUGGACCUGCCAAUUGAGAAUCAGCUUCUGUGGCAGAUAGACCGAGAGAUGCUCAACUUGUACAUUGAAAAUGAGGGUAAAAUGAUCAUGCAGGACAAACUAGAGAAGGAGCGGAAUGAUGCUAAGAAUGCAGUGGAAGAGUAUGUGUAUGAAAUGAGAAACAAGCUUAGUGGUGACUACGAGAAGUUCGUGAGUGAAGAUGAUCAUAACAGUUUUACCUUGAAACUAGAAGAUACUGAAAAUUGGUUGUAUGAAGAUGGAGAAGAUCAGCCAAAGCAAGUUUAUGUAGAUAAAUUGGCCGAAUUAAAAAGUUUAGGUCAGCCUAUUAAGAUACGGUUCCAGGAAUCUGAAGAAAGACCAAAAUUAUUUGAAGAACUAGGGAAACAAAUCCAGCAGUAUAUGAAAGUAAUCAGCUCUUUCAAAAAUAAGGAGGACCAGUAUGACCACUUAGAUGCAGCUGAUAUGGCAAAGGUGGAAAAAAGCACGAAUGAGGCAAUGGAGUGGAUGAAUAACAAGCUGAACCUGCAGAGCAAGCAGAGCCUGACCGUGGAUCCGGUUGUCAAGACAAAGGAGAUAGAAGCUAAAAUGAAGGAGCUGACAAGUAUUUGUAACCCUAUAAUUUCAAAGCCCAAGCCCAAAGUGGAACCUCCAAAAGAGGAACAAAAAACUGCCGAGCAGAAUGGACCAGUGGACGGCCAAGGAGAUAGCCCAGGCCCGCAGGCUGCCGAGCAGGGUGCAGACACGGCUGUGCCUUCGGAUUCGGACAAGAAGCUUCCGGAAAUGGACAUUGAUUGAUUCCAACACUUGUUUAUAUUAAAACAGACUGUUAUAAAGCUUUAAGUUGUCAACUUUGUUCUAAAUAUCAACUAGAGCAAGUGAAUACUGGAGAUUUCUUAGUCAAUUUUUAGGGAAUUGGGGGGUGGGGGUAUAGGUCAUGUAUGGAGCAUUUUGACUUCUAAAUAGUUAGGUACAGAACUGAAGUGCAUUGUAUCUUUUUCAUAAUGGUACUAUUUAGAAGCCCAGUUAGUCUUACUGAGCUUACGCUUCACUCCUUUUAUGUUUAAUCAUGCUUCUACAACAAUACCUUUGUUUUGGAAAGUUGAACUAUAGGAAAAGCUGUAAUUAGUUAUCACGCAGGCGUUUCAUCGUGACAGCUGUGGCAGGAGUUCUAAUUACGCUGCGAGCUCUAUUGUGGAGAUUGCCACAGAGGCUCCCUGCCUGGUGUAGGGGUGAAAGUGGGGGCUUCGCUGUUUCUGAGGUUCAGAGUGUGGCCUGGCAUGAAGCAGCAGAGUAGAGCAACAAAGGCACGCCCUGACCGUUUGCGCCUCACCUGUCCUCCCAGCCCAAGCCCUGCCCUGUGUUCUGUCCCCAAAGAGCACCCACUCAGAAUGCCACGAGCUGCUCUCGGGAAUGUAACCCCCCCACCCAGCGAGAUGUAAACUGAGAAUUUUAUUAGACUUGGAGGUGCUUCCUGACUGAACAUGUAUUCACUAAUAUCCCGAACAUCAAAGUCUGAGUAAUUUUCAGAAGGUUAGAAUUGGGUGGAUAAGCUUUCUGUUACAGGCGUGGUAAAUUUAACUGAGGAGUUGAUCCUUGCUCAGUAUGGUAUAAAGAUUAGUGUCCUGGCCUGUUUAUUCAGGUGGGAGAUGUUCUGUGUAAGCUUGAGGUAUUGCUCACACUCGUGGGAUGAGAGUUAAAAGUUCUUUUUAGCUUACAGUCGUAUUGUUAAUGUCUGUCACGAAUCUGCCAAUUUGUACGUUAAACAGCUGACAGAGCAUAAAAAUACUAAGAUACACUGGAUCGUACUGGAUGAGUCUGAAAUUAGCAAUGAAGAAAUGUGCCCGAAGUUACAGCCGCGGCGUGCUUUUAACUGCGCAGCCAGUGCCAGGGGCACCAAAGCAUUCCCCUGACUGCUGUGGCAGUGUGGAUGGAGCGGGGGUGAGGCAUUUUGGGCACUAGAAGGGAAGUCUGUAUUAGAGGCCAGACCUGGCACCUGCCUUACUUUAGAAACCGUGGCAAGCUUUGUUGGUUAUGUUCUGGACCUUUGUAAUACUCGGUCGUCUGUAUAACAGAGUGUGUCUCUGUUAGUUUUGGCGUAUGUUGUUCCAAAUAAGAUUAUACCUUGCAUAGUUACAA